GUUACAAAGCUACUACUUAUAUUCUGCCUUGUUGGCGUUAAUGGUGCUGGGGAUGCCGGUCAUAGGGAAGAUGCUGGCCUGUCAAGGAGAGGGCCGGCGUGUGAACGUGGGCGACCUGAAGCAGCUGACUCCCUUCUGGCUGAUAGCAGCGUUCUACACAACUACGUCUCCGGAUGUCACGACUGCUAUUUGCCUGUUCCGAAUGUUCGUCGCCACCAAGUUUAUGAGCCUCUUGGGUAUGAUGACGCCAACGCCGCGGUGCCUCGAAGAAGCUUCGUUCGCGAUGUCGAUUGCCAUCACCAGCUACAUGGGAUUCAUGGUCGUUUAUGCGUAUAAAGAUGCAUUUUGAUAACAUUUUGGUAAUCUGUGCUGUUGAGUAAAGGUAAUUAAAUUUAAAAGUAUUUU